UUAAGUGUGAUCGGACACGGAAAGUUUGGUUGAGAGCCUUCAUCUAGACGAUUGUUUCAAGUACGGGAAAAUUGUGAAAAUGUCUUGAGUUUGUGCUAUGAGUGAUUUAUGAACGUGCAAGUUUAGGAUCAAAGGAUCUUUCUCGCGCUUUCGAGUAAUAAAUAUCAGUGUAGUUUUUAUUCCGAACUCACGUAAUUCUAAAAAUGUUAGCAGAGCACAUUAUCGCGUGUCGUCGUUGGGCAGUACGAUCCUCACCACCGUCUAGGUUGCUGCUGAGGACGUCCGCCUUCUUACUGCUGCUUGGCUCGCUAGUGUACACCCCAGUCGAGGGUCAGUGGUCACCGUGUCCAGAUGUGUUUUCGUACUGGGUGGAUGAGGGCACUAAUCAGCCCUUUGGCUAUGUGAAAUUGGAAGGUCUGCGCGCCAAUCAGGCGAUUACGCUCCAGGUAGAUCUGACGAUCGCUGCCACCGUACCGCAGAACAACAUUGGAUCAAUCACGUUGUAUAAAUCCAGCACCGAAACUGUCCGCGACAUCCAAAACAACAGACCGGCGUGGUAUCGUGUAAACUUCCCAUUCAGAAAUAUCAAACCGAGCGUGCUAGCAAUUCGCGUCAAUGGUCACACGAUCUGUACCGGUCAGAAAGUGACCGGCCAGAUCGUAACCACCAUCAACCUGCAGCACACGCUAUACCCGUCGACGCAAAGCCUGGUAAGCACAAACGACGGGACCAACGUGAAUGUGAUACAAUACCAGCCCCCACAAACACCUGCGUAUCAGACAUUCUAUAAUAUCGAGCCGAUACAAAGACUCCAGACAACAGAAAACCCGCCAGUGGUGACACAAUUGACAACCCCACAAGCACCUGUUACUCGGCCUGUGCAACAGCAGGAUGUUAAGCCGGUCAAACGGCACCGAAAAAAAUUAGAAUAUGUAAAAAGUACCGAAGACGACUCAUCGGAACAAGAGUCAGAGAGUCUUGAUUGCGGUCUGCCGGACAAGGGAUUCAGUCAUUACUCGAUCAACGGAGUACAUGCGCACAAAGGCAUGUUCCCGUGGGCGGCACCGAUAUUCCACACCGGCAGCUCGUCGAAACCGAGGUACAUAUGCGGCAGUACGAUUCUUACCGAGCGGCACCUAGUAACGGCCGCCCACUGCGUCUACAAUUCGGAUGGCAUCAAACAAAAUGUUAGUGACCUAACAGUCGUUCCAGGGAUGCACAACAUCGACAACUUCUUCGAAGCCGAUCUACAGGAGCGCGGUGUAAAGAAAAUCUUCGUACACAAUGAUUACUUCUUCGAGCAUGGGAUGCUGGUCGAUGCCGAUAUAGCCGCGAUGCUGCUCGAUGAUCCGAUCACGUACAACAAGCUAGUACGACCGAUCUGUAUGUGGUCCGAUUUCGACAACCUGGAAAAGAUUGUAGGCGAUGAGGGUGUCAUGUCGGGGUGGGGCAUCACCGAGGAUGGAAAAGCAAAGAUUCCGAGCUACGUUAGGGCCACGGUUGUCGAUCGGCAGACUUGCAAUCGCAACCUGGAUCGGCUAUUUGCCGCCAAAGCACGGAUAUUUUGCGCAGACGGGCAUGGUUCGGUUCCGUGCACAGGCGAUUCGGGCAGUGGGUUCGUAAUGAAGCGUGGCUUACGGUACUACAUUCGUGGAAUUGUAUCGUUUGGACAGUUUGAUCCCAAGACACUCACGUGUGCAACCGAUAAGUACGUGGUGUACACGGAUAUUGCCCCGUUCCGGUACUGGCUGACGAGAGUGAUGAAGUCUCAAUAGAUCAGAAAUGUGUCCUUCUUGCCAAUAUUACCCGCUUUGCAACAGUUCGCAUACAUAAAAUUGGCAUUAGGAUCACCCAAAAAGGGAUACAUUUAUCAUAAUUCCUAAUACUAUUGCUAUUGCAAAUGUAAUAAGAUUGAUAUUAAAC